AUGGCUAAUCAUUACGAAGUGCCCAGUUGGGCCGGAAAACCACCUACAGGACUUCAUUUAGACGUUUUAAAAGGGGACAAAUUGAUUCAGAAACUUAUGAUAGAUGAGAAGAAAUGUUAUUUAUUUGGACGAAACCCACAAAUGAACGAUUUUUGUAUAGACCAUGCGAGUUGUUCAAGAGUACAUGCAGCAUUUGUUUACCAUAAAGAUCUGAACAGAGCAUUUUUGGUCGAUUUAGGCAGCACUCAUGGGACAUUUAUUGGCCAGAUGCGUCUGGAAUCACAGAAACCUACGCAACUUCCAAUUGAUUCCAAUUUCCACUUUGGGGCUUCUACCAGAAAUUAUAUUAUAAGAGAAAGGCCUACCGGCAAUUCACGUGGUAUAAUGGAAGAUCUACCAAAUACUGAGACGGAAGGUGCUUUACUAGGUCUGCCUGAAACACAAACGGAAUUAGAUAAUCUAACAGAAUUCAAUACAGCACACAACAGAAGAAUUUCAAUGUUGGGUAUUUCAACUGAUGAUGGCAGUGAUGUUAUGAAGCCAGCAUCGGGCACAAAGCGCUCAGCCUCAAUGCCGGGCGGCGUCGCCAAGAAACAAAGGCGUAACGUAUCCUUCAACGAAGAAGUGGACAUCAUCAACCCCGAGGACAUUGACCCAACUAUUGGCCGCUUCAGGAACUUAGUGAAGUCUACUAUAGUGCCCAAUGCUAAUAGUGAACCGAGAAAGUUAAAGCUGCAGACCCCCGAUGAUAGUUCACAUCACCAUUCAUUACGUCUGCAAGAGAUUUCAAGAGGCAGCAACUUGUACUCUGAUCUACCAGCGCCUAGUUCUCAUCUCAGUCUAAUAGGAGCAAGACUCGGUUUGUCAUUACCUAAUCCUGCCCCAGAUGUGGAAUUGGAAGGUCCUGAACCACAUCUUAAUAUACAUCCACCACUACCACAUACAGCUCCAGAAGAAGCUGGUCCUUCAAGCGAACCUCGGAGGAAGAAAUACGCCAAAGAAGCAUGGCCUGGCAGAAAACCUGGCCUCAUACCGGGUGUAUGA